AUGGACAAUACAGGGCUCGCCGAGUCCGAUAGCCCGUCGGACAUUGACGAGCAGACUAAAGCUUGGGAAUCCGAUCCUCGGUCUGUGAGAGCCCAUCUCGCUCAGACCGACGGCGUUGACGACGCAGUCCCGCAAAUCGAAUGCGGCAUUGGACAUCGAGUACAGGCUAGUCGAUCAGUUCUAGCGCUCGUGGUAGACGAGGAUUGCGUUUUCGCCGGUCUCCAGGGGGGGGACAUUGUAGCGUGGUCUCUUGACAACUACGACCUUGUUCUCUCUGUUCGUGCUCACCAGGAAAGUGUCCUGGACUUGUACCUUUCGGAAAAGGGAGACCUGCUCUUUUCCAGCGGAGGCGAUUCUGUCGUCAAUGUUUGGUCUACCCGUACCUUUGAGCGGCUCUAUUCCAUCCAUUCCCAUCAUGAUGUCGGCGAUCUCUUUGCUGUGUCGUACUCGCCGAGCCUGAACACCAUUUACUGCGGUGCCCAGAACACCAGUAUCCAAUGGUGCAACCUUUCCCAAUCAGGAGCAGCAUCUACUCAGCAAUCUGCGGCUCAUUUAUCCAAGCGAACACAUCGUUUCUUUGACUCUAAGGGUCCUGAUGGCACUCGCGCUCCUCGAGCGGACGGCAAUUCCGUGGCCGACGGGGGCCAGGUACUCACCUUCAAGCGUGACCAUCACAAUCUAUUUGCUCACCAUGGAUACGUUUACACCAUGACUCUUGUUCGAGGGCUGCUCGAAUCCUCGCCUAACGACGAGGUUCUUUUAACCGGAGCGGGCGACGGAGUUGUCAAGCUUUGGCGUUUAGAGCAGGGGAAGCCCGAUUCUGCCCCCGCGUUAAUGGCAAGGUUGCAUAACACGGAUCCUGUACUCUCGGUAGCUGUUGAAGGAUCGUUUCUCUACUGUGGUUUGUCAGGCGGCGCCCUAAACAUUUGGAACUUAGAUUCCCAUCAGCUCGUGAAGCGAAUCGCUGCCCAUACUGGUGAUCUGUGGGCGGUAGAUAUUAUCCACGGAAUGGCCGUAUGCGGAGAUUCGAACGGGAUUGUAAAGAAAUUCAACUCACGAUUUGAAGAAGUUGGCAGUUGGGCCGCUCAUGAAGGCACUAUGCUGGCCUCUGCUGCCGGUAAAUUUAAGGAUCGGCAUAUCUACGCUACCGGAGGAAAUGACAAUACUGUUGGAAUAUGGGAUUUGACAGACGUGUCAUUGUCUGCGAGCGAGAAGCCCCCAAUCGACAAUGAUGAGAUGGUAAGCUGCCUUGCCAAGCUGGUAGCUUUCAAGACGAUCUCAGCCAGUCCAAAAUUCGCCGGUGAAUGCAACCAGGGUGCAGCUUUCCUUCGCCGACAUUGUAUCUACUUGGGAGCUAAGACGAAGCUUUUAACCACCGGCGAGGAUACCAAUCCCAUUGUCUUCGCCCGGUUUAGUGCGAUAUCGCCUGAAACAACAAAUAAGACGAUAUUGUUUUACGGACAUUAUGAUGUGGUCGGAGCGGACGCUAACCGGCAAAGGUGGAAGACAGAUCCAUAUCAACUAACUUCUAUGGACGGAUUCUUGUACGGCCGUGGUGUAUCCGACAAUAAAGGCCCUAUCCUCGCCGCUUUGUACGCAGCGGCAGGUCUGGCGCGGCAGAAGACCCUUCGAUGCAACGUUGUAUUUCUCCUUGAGGGAGAGGAAGAGUCCGGGUCCCAGGGCUUUCAUGAAACAGUUCGAAAGCACAAACAACAGAUUGGGCCGGUAGAUUGGAUUUUGCUGGCUAACAGUUACUGGCUGGAUGACUAUAACCCAUGUCUUACAUAUGGGCAGCGUGGAGUGGUCCACGCGAAUUUAAUCGUCACCAGCGACCACCCAGAUUUGCACAGCGGUAUUGACGGCAGUUCGCUGCUAGAUGAGCCCUUGAAGGACUUGACUAUGCUGCUCGGUACUCUAGUGGGACCCAAGGGCAAAGUCAACCUUCCCGGUUUCCAGGACCCUGUUUUACCAUUGACCGAUGUAGAAAGGGAGCGAUAUGGCGCGAUCGCCGAGAUUCUUCUCAAACAACAUCCACAAAUUAAGGAUGCUGGCGCCCUGAUUGAUUCACUCAUGCAUCGCUGGCGAGAACCGUCCCUCACCAUACACUCUGUCGAGGUUCCGGGUAGCAGCAAGAGUACAACCACAACUAUUUCGCGCAAAGCAAAGGCUAGUCUUUCCAUCCGCAUAGUACCGAACCAGUCAGCCGAUGAAGUUGCCGCCGCAUUGACUCUAUACGCACAAGAGCAAUUCGAUCAACUGGAAUCGCAGAAUGAACUCACUGUUGAAAUUACCGGAACCUCUGAUCCGUGGCUAGGAGACCCAGACAAUGAGAUCUUCGAGACAUUAUCGGAGGCCAUCACAGCAGCCUGGACGCCCGACCAACAGAGUCUAAAGCACCAGUAUUCACUCCCGCGACGCGCCAUCGGAGAUCGCACAGCAAGCCCAAGAGGAGCGAAGGAUACCGUUACCAGCGCCCUUCGCCGUCAAGACUCAGAGGACAGCUUAGCUUCUCAUAUCGACCGAAUCAUCAUGUCCACAACCACCUCCAAAACGACUACGCGCCACCGAAGCUCGUUAAGCACCACUGUCCCCACCUCAUCAACACUCACAGGACAAUCAAACAAGCAAACAGCAGACUCAACAACUGCAUCCCCCCCCGGUCCCGCCGCAACAUCAUCCGCUCUAUCACCAACAGGCACAGACGGUCCAGCCGAGGUAUCCCGCGAAAAGAUUGGCGUACGGCCCAUCUACAUCCGCGAGGGCGGCUCAAUCCCAACAAUUCGUUUUCUAGAAAAGGAGUUCUGUGCCCCAGCGGCCAACCUGCCUUGUGGACAGGCGAGUGAUAACGCGCAUUUGUAUAAUGAACGGCUGCGAGUAGAAAAUCUGUAUAAAAGUCGGGAAAUCUUCAGUUACGUGUUUUCACGGUUGCCGGAAAAGACUUGA